GUAUGACUCCGAUUCUCAUGUUCGCGUCGGUGGGUGUGGAAGAAGAGGGGCCCCGAAAGCCGGGCGCGGAGCAGCAAUCAGCACCUGGGCUGCUGGCACGCGCAACGAAGCCGCCCGCAGGCCGCCCGCUACGUCUUUUCGGUCCUGUCCUCUUCGCAAGCCCGCCCGCCCGCUCCGUCAUCAAUUGCCCAGCGAUCGCGCGGUGAGGCGCUUGAACCGACCACUUGGAGGAAUUCCCGUAGGAGGAACUGGAGGAACUGGUCCUGCUUCUGCCCGUCCCGUCGUGGAGACACUGUCGAU